AAAAAAAAAAAAAAAAAAAAAAGAAAGAAAAAAGACAACUGGACCCUGGUCGACGCACCCGCAACCUGUACCCGCAACCUGUACCCGCACCCUGCAGGUCACGAACCACCACCCCAUCAUCCUCGGGCUCCCCAGAAACAAAACCGUCGGCUUUCGUCACCGGAUUUCCUAAAAACCCCGCUAUUCCUGUCCAUCUGUCUACCCACCCACCUCACAACAAAUACAGCUAAGAAGCUCUCCCCCGAAACUGACCUCACGCGAUUCGCAUCACGCUCAUCCUGUCAACAUCACCGCUAGCAAUCCGUUCGCACUAGCCCAGCAACGCAAACACCUUCAAAAUGGCCGCCAUCGUCGACCGCAGUCCUCCGACCCAUUCCCCUCCUGGUCCCCAUCCCAAGCGUCCUAGAGGCAUCCUCAAGAAUUCGUAUCAAAAGUCUCCGCCCUCUUCGCCACUUGACGAGGGGCCGCUCACCGAGAAGGAGCUCACCCUAGUCAACACCCAGUACAACGCUGGCCAUCGCCGCUCUUCAUCAGCCGCCCGUCCUCCCGGCUCCCGCCGUCAAUCAAGCCGCACCCCCUCCCAUCAGGGCGACGACGUGCAAGACCUCGAAUCCUCUCAGCGCCUCAAGUGGGACGAGGCCAACCUCUAUCUGACCGAGCAGGAGCGCACCUCGACCAUGAAGAUUGACGAGCCCAAGACUCCCUAUGCCAAACACUACGACCCCACUGAAGACCCCUCGGACGACGAGGAGAUGGAGGGCUCCAACGAUGAGAAGAAGUCUCGCACGGCUCGCACUGGUCCUAGCGUGGAAGAUGAUAUCCCUCUCAUGUCGCUUGGCGAGCCGGAGGAAGCGGUCCCGGAGAGCGAAUCGUCCAAGGAAAAAGCCCUCAAGGCCGUCCACGUCGAUGACAGCGCUAGCGCGCACGGUGACGAUGACGAGCUGGCCGGUCUUUCGCCCGAGGAACGCGAGAAGCACCGUCGUUUCGAGGAGUUGCGCAAGAAGCACUACGAAAUGAAGGAUGUGGCCCACUUGUUGGGCCACCCCGAAGAGCUACUUGAGGACGAGGACGAAGACGGGGACGAGGAUGGCGCCCGGCCGCCUGCGGUCCCUGCUCUCCCCCGGCCCAGCGAGGCCACCAAUGGCCAGGUUUGAUCGGCUGACGAAGCUGGUGCUUGGCCGGCGCGCGCCGGCACUGCAAGAGAGGACAACAACACGGGGAACGCAUCACGAGCAUUAUCACGCACUAUUCACGCUUUUGGGGCUUGAAAUCGAGAUCAGCAUCCGGCAGCGUGGUACGCAAAGGAGUUUAGGGUGGAUAUCACGGAAGGGUUUGGCGGCGUUCUGGCGCCUUUGUGUCCGUCAUGGUCGUAACUCACCACCACUGCAGCAAACGCCCUGUCCCCAGCCGGCGGCGUCUCCGCCAGUGGAUGGGAGCAUGUUAGCACGAAUCAGUAGGCUUUUUGCUUCGGCCAAAAAUUGGCAUUUUUGAUAGAGUCUGAAU